AAACAAAUCAAUUAUUUAUCCGUGGCGUACAAAACUUCGGGACUAAAGGUCAUAUCGACGUGUCGGGAUUUCGGAAAAUCAGAACAAGCAGUGUCGGAAAUCUUGGCUGAAGUAAAAGGCGACGGCCUCGAACAAUUGAUCGUGGAGAAAUUGGAUUUGACGUCUUUCAAGCGUUGCGUGAAAAACAUUUUGCAAAUGGAAAAACAAAUUCACCUGCUGGUGAACAACGCCAGUUAUAGUGGUGCACGCCUACCCACAGCUGCGAUUGUACAAUUACAGUCUACAGGGCCCGAGUGCAAGCAUGGAUUAAGGGUUUAGCCAUGGCAAGGGAGGCACGUUCUGUCAGUUAUUUUUAUUCGUUUUAUUUGCACGCUUAAUGAAACCUAAAUUAAACUAAAUAUAAUGAUUUAUAGUUUAAAU